AUGGAAGAUGACCGAAGUAACAUUCAUGAACUCGAUUUGGAAAAAUCAGAUCGACCUGUUUGGUUGAUGAAGAGUCCUGUAGUUGUCGCCAAUGCCUGGGGAAAGCAAGCUCCUUCUUCUUCCUCUGGAUUCAAUAGCUUGGCCAAGGUUGUUGAAUCCGUUGAUCCUCUACAAGCCGAGACCGAGUUUUUCAUGGAGAUGGUUGGUGCUGAGUAUGGGAACAUGCCAAAGAGCUACGCUUUGAACAUGUUUAAAGACUUUGUUCCAAUGGGUAUCUUCUCCGAAGCCAAUCUAGGUGAUCCAGCUAGCGAAGGAAAAGUAGAACACAAGUUCGAUAUGAAGCCACACGGCGAAGACAUUGAGGAGUAUGCUAAGCUUUGUCGAGAGAGAACAAGCAAAUCCAUGGUUAAAAGUAGACAGAUACAGGUUAUUGAUAACGACCGUGGAGUACAUAUGAGGCCCAUGCCUGGAAUGCUUGGUUUAGUUUCCUCCAAUUCAAAGGAGAAGAAGAAACCUCCUCCAGUGAAGCAAACAGAGGUGAAGAGGACGAGGAGAGAUCGUGGGGAACUCGAAGCUAUAAUGUUCAAGCUAUUCGAAGGCCAACCAAACUGGACUUUGAAGCAGCUUGUACAGGAGACGGACCAACCAGCUCAGUUUUUGAAAGAGAUACUUAACGAGCUGUGCGUUUACAAUAAGAGAGGAUCGAACCAAGGGACAUAUGAGCUUAAACCAGAGUACAAGAAAGCUGGUGAAAAUGAUACAGGUGGGGAGUAAAAUGCAUCCAGUGUGUUCAGCACACUAUAGACUACAUGUGCCAUAGUCCCAAUGUUUUAUAACCACGGAGUGAUUGAAGGAACUUUAGCCAGAGGAGAGGGGUUGUUACAUUUUAAUUUGUAUUCUUGAAGGCAAAAAAAUACAAAUUAUGAAAGUGAUUGUUUUCUU